UCGGUAUAAAAUAAUCGGCCGCGGGCAAAAAUUAUGAAAAUUUUGGAAGGUAAAGGAACCAGAUUUCGUCCAAUUUUGUCCUCAUUUGUCAGAUUAGUGUUGUAAUUAUUCGGGUGAUGUGGGCCAAGAAAGAAAGGCAAAGAAGUAGAAUGCAGAUUUUUGCAUAAAUGCCUUUGCGGAGACAUGGGUCGCAAGCUUAGCAUUAACCGUCGAAUCAUAAAUUUCCACGUAAUUUAACGAGCAAAAUAAAAAAAAAUUUAAUGUGGCUAGACAAAUUCUGAACAUCUCUGCUUUUUAGCCUUCAAAUCCUUCAAUUGUUGACAUAAUUAUGAAAGAUCUACAACAAAUCAACUCAAUUUUACCAAUCAUUGAAGCCAAAAAACGUAUUAUGCAUGCAUUUAAUGAUUUGGAUGAUAUAUUCCUUAAAGGCCCGAUUUUGUUUGAAGAAAUAAUUUUAUCUGAAUUUAAUAUUUUCCGUUUAGUUGAUACUUUCUCGCCGAAUCCGAGUCCGAUACCUCUUGAAGAAGUAGAAAGUUGGGAAACUUCAUUGAAAACUGAGGGAAUGCUUAACAAUCGUUAUCAUAAAUAUUUGUUAGUUGACCGACUUUUGUGUGUUGGUAUAGCUAAAUCUAUGCCUGUUUUUGAAAAAUUGACUUUAUCUGAUCAGGUGUGUCAAUAA